AACGCGGAUUUGUUUACUGCGUCCAUUCAAACCUUGGCGAGGAGCUGCGGACGCCCGCCUGACCUCUUAUAUCACGGCGACUGUUGUGUCCUUGGCUCAUAUUGUCCUCUUGUGACACCCCGAAGGUGGUCAAGGCCAUGGCGGAGUGUGCCACUACUAGGGCCGUGCUGGGAGUGCUGGGACCCAUGGCCAACGAGGUCAUGGAGCUGAAGAAGCACCACCACCACCACAACACCAGCACCACCACCACCACCAAGCUUACAGCACAGUGUCAAGCCCUGAGCCAUGCCUGUGACCACCUCUCAACAUGCCUUGAGGCCUCGGCACUGGCCCAGAAAGAUGACUCCCUCCUGGCCCAAGUUGCUGAGGUCAAGGAUCAGCUGCAGGAGGUCACAGAGGAGAUUGCCAAGUGCUCUAGGAAGCUACAGGACUCUGGGUCACAGGAGGACGAGGUGUGGGCUAGGCUUGUAGGUGAGGCGGAGAGGCUGCUGGAGGUGGUGACGGGUGCGCUGGUGGGCUGGGAGCAGGCGGGGGUGAGGGGUGUGGUUGGGGCUGUAACACACCUGACGCAGCACCUCCACUGCCUGCAGCACCAGCACAACACUGCACUCCUCGCUGAUGACCUCCAGAGUGUUGUGUCGUCCUGCCUGGUGCUGGUGCAGACCGCAGGGAAGCACCGGCAAGGGCUGUGUUCCCGGGCCCAGCGUGAGGCACUCUGGCACCUCACACACCAGUUGGCGGACACCAUGCACCUCCUGGCACUCACCACCGCCGAUGCCAUCACCACCGCUAACAAGACGCCACCUGCUGCUGCUACUACUGCCACUCCACCACCUGCUACUUCUAUUACUACUGUUGCUACUACUGCUGCACAUGGGUCUCCUGAAACUAGGGUUUGCCUCGGCCUGGUGUGUGCACGUAUUCAUCAGCUGCUGGACGACCUGACCUUACAGCUGCAGGGUAGAGGCAGCCCCCUUGACCUGGAGGAGCCCGGGUCAUUCACAAAGCAGGUGGACCAGGUGUUUAACGAGCUGGACAGCGGCAGGUGUGGCGGCGUGGGGGAGCGCGUCAAGUUGCUGCUGGAGGGGGUGUUGAGGCACUGUCUGGUGGUGGCUCACUGCGGCGGUAGUGAAGAGGGAAGUAGUACUGUGCCGUCACCGCAAAUCAUGGCUCUGGCUGAUAAGGUAUUGAGGCAGCUGAAAGUGGUCAUCACCCUGGAACGCACCAUCACCGCCACAAACACCACCAACACCAGUAGCAACAGUGGUGGUGAUAGUGAUGGUGGUGGCGGUGGAAAUGAAUAUAAUGGAGAUGACCUCAGGGUGGCGAUGGACAGCCUGGCGGAGACGGUGGAGCAGCUGGAGCAGGCCGUCAACACCGCCCUCAUCACCCUCAUAGCUCAGACCUUUGCAGAACCAUUAGCACCUCUGGAAAGGCUGAUGAAGGUCGGCACACAGGAACACACUGAAGAAGAAGAGGAAGAAGGAGGAGGAGGAGGAGGAGAGGAAAUAGAUGGAGAAGAAAUGAAACAGGGAAAGAGAAAACCAGCAGGAGGAGGAGAAACAGAUAACAAAGAAGAUGAGGAAGGAAAAGGAGAAGUAGGAAAGGAAAUAAAUGAAGAGUUGGAGGCAGCCAUAUCCGCCUUUGACACACACACGGAUGCGAUCUUCCAAGCAGCCGGAUUUGCCACCGCCUGCACAUCUGACUGCAAACGUGUUCGCCAGGUCCGCAGUCACCUGGCAACACUGGAGUGGGUGGAGGGGGUGCUCAUACCUGCCCUCGUCACCUGCACUCGCUCACGGACCUCCACAAGCACCAGCAGCAGCAGCAGCGGCGCGCACACAAGCGUACACACCCUCGCCGCACACUGGAAGGGCACAGUACUCAACCUGCAGAAGCUCCUGGAUGAGAUAUUGGACCCCUCGGCUUUUGUUAUGGUAACAAGGAUGGAGGUGCAGAGGUUGUGGAGUGAGGUGCGGAAUGAUCUCUACACCCAGGACAUGACGUGGCUGGUGGAGAAGGUGAGAAGGGUGGAGGCGCUCAUCUCCCACCUCCUCCACCUCCCCAAUGCCUCCUCCUCCUCUUCCUCCUCCUUCUCUUCCUCUUCCUCCUCCUCGAUACAGUGGCUCCCCCAACAUUUUAAGGAAGAUCUUGAGUGUGCUCUUAGGGAGGUGCGAGGGGGCCUGGCCAGAGUGAGAGCGGCCCCCACCACCCUCUCCCUCCACCGCUCCCUCCUCAAACGCCUACAGCUCUCCCUUACCCUCCUCUCGCGCCUCUCCACCACCCUUGAAUCCGGCUCCAUGGACCAAGAUGAUGCUGGUGGUGGUGGUGGUGGUGGUGAGGAGGAGGAGGAGAGGGUGAAGUUGACAGAGGAAGAGAAACACCACCUCAUCACCACCAACAUCGACAACAUCCCAGUCGACAUCGCCACCCCCACCAUCACCACCACCACCCAUGCCCUCCCACCAAGGCCCCAACCCCACCACCCCUCCCCUGCCAGACUGGGAGAGGGGAGGGGCAGGGGGGGUGGGACAAGUGUUAUAGUGCCAGUGCCAGGGCCAGCCAGCGACACCCUGCCCUGCGACACCACCCUGGAGAUCACACGCUUCCUCUCUCGCUCAUCCACGGUGCUCUCUUCCACUCGGGGCUCUCGGAGGAACUUCUCUCUCAAGGUAAGGGAGAUUAACCUGGACAUCGAGGGAGCCCUGCAGGUGUGGAGAGGGUCAGGUGGGGGAGUGACAGACCCUUCCUCAUCACCCCCUCCCUCUCAACCCCCCUCAUCUUCAUCAUCUCCCACAACCACUACCAAAGAAGAAUCAGGUGAAAGGGAGAAGCCACAGGUGUCAGGGUCAGAGGACACAGGUAUGGGGGAGGUGUCUGCACUAAUUAGUCUGCAGGUAACACAGCCCCCCUCCACCCCUCAGAGGAACCCUAGUGCCGAGGAGGAGCUGUCUGCUGUUCUGGAGUCCCUCACCUCCCUCAUUGGUGACCUCAGUGGCCUGCCUACCUCACCUCACCACCAAGACAGACCCAAGGAAGGCAACCAGAGCAGGGCGGAGCAGACCCACCCACCCACAGCCCUAGAGAACACCCCGAGCAAGGUCUGGGUGACUUUUGAGAAUGGAGGUGGUGAGACAAGCAUACCCAAAGCUGUAGAAAAUGGAGAGAGGGACAUCAGCUCACCCAGAGGUAUAGAUAAAGACACAGAGAUGAUCUGGGGCACAGCAGAGGAAGAGAAGACCCCAGUAACCUCAAACCAACCCCAGAAAGCCAUCAGGAUCAAUGGCAAUGAAGACAGAUCACCCUCAACCCCUGAAAACCCCUUUGGCUCUAGCUGGGGUGAGGCGAAACAGAAGAGUCAACCCCUGCAAGGAAUCACCCUGCAGAACGCCUCCUUCACCCCACACUUCCCUGAAAUCAUCCCCGGAGAAACCAAGGAAGGGGAGGAGGUGUUUCCGACGCAAGAAGAGAUGAGUGGAAAGGAAGAGGUAGGAGGAUUACUAGGAGGAGGAUGGUUAGAGGAUAUCUGGAAGGACUUUACUGCCAUCCUUGAGAGCAGGACCCCAAGUUUAGGAAGCUUUAGGGACAAGAGGAAGGAUGGACAUAGGGAAUCUAAGGACAGGAGGUUAAAGUUUGGGGUAUUUAAGGAGGGAAAGGAAGAGAAGGAUUGUAAUAAGGAGGAAAAUGUAGAGAGUGAAAGGGAUGAGGUUAAAAAUGUUGAUGAUGGAGGAAGUAUGAAUGCAGGAAAGAGGAAAAUGGAAAGUGGAAAUAUGGAAGACGAGAAAAUGGAGUUGGAGAAGAAGGAAAAGAUGACAAAACAGAAAUCAAAGAGUCUGUUCAGGAAAUUCAAGGGAGACAAAGAGGAAACGGAAGAGAAGGUAAAGAAGAAGAAAACAAAGGGCGAGACACUUAUGGAGAAGAUCAGGAAGAAAAAGAUGAAAACCGAAGAUGACAAAGAGAACCAGGAACUCAACUCUUCCUCUCCCUCUACCUCCUCCUCCUCCUCCUCCUCUUCCUCCUUCAAGAAACAAACAGACCUCAGUGACACCCCAUUCCUCCAUCCCUUCCCUUCCCUCAAGACCACCUGUUCCUCCUUCCCCUCCCUCUCCUCCUUGUCCUCCCCUCCCUCCUCCUGCAAUGUGACCACCUCCCAAAGACUACAGGACAUACAGACACUACAGGACAGGCUGCAAGCCAUCAGGAAGCAUAUGGGGGAAGGGGUGUAGGCUUGGAGAGAAAGAGACACAGACAGACAGAGGGAAAGAAAGAUACAAGGAGACUACAAGUGAUAUUUCAACUUAUACAUGACAGCUACCGAGAACAAGGUACCUAUUCACCAUCCGUUCUCUCCGUCCAUGAAUUUAGGCAUCUAUUUCCCAUUUGAAACUUAAGGUCGUUUCUGUAAUAAGUAUGUGACAGUUUAGUUUAAGUUCUGUGCAGGUAAAUCUUGCUAGAUAUAGGGUCAUCACAUCUGCAGGCAAUUACUUGAUUAUCUGUACUUUAUUUUUCUGCGCCAAAGAGUCGGGUAUUCUUAUGU